UCUGACAUUAUUGGAUAAGAGCUAACCAAAUUGGGUUGUGCCUUGUAGCAGACGUUACUAGUGCUGAAGCUACAUGGAGAUCAACUUGAAAAUCAGCCAAAAACAUACCAUAAAACCAUCAUUUCCAACACCAAACCACCUUAGAAUCUUCAAGCUCUCGCUACUCGAUCAGCUAUCCCAUGCAGCUUACGGGUCGAUGCUUCUGUUCUACUCGGUACAUAAACCUGUCGAUGUUCUUGAACGAUCCCACCUGCUCAAGAAAUCGUUCUCAGAAGCCUUGACUCGGUUCUACCCGUUAGCGGGUAGAAUCAAAGAUAAUUCCGUGAUCGAAUGCAACGAUGAGGGAGCUGUUUUUAUUGAAGCAAAAGCUGACUGUUUUCUCUCUCAGGCUCUUGAAAAUCCAAACAAUGAGAUGAUAAGAAAAUUUCUUCCUAUCGAGAAUAUUAAAUUCUCUUCGGAACCCGAAAAGAGUUGUUUGUUACUUGUACAAGCAUCUUUUUUCGCCUGCGGCGGGUUUGCUAUUGGCGUAUGUAUUUCGCAUAAAAUCGCGGAUGCAAGCACGGUUUGCACCUUCAUUAAAGGCUGGGCAGCCACAGCUUCCGGUUUAGAAUCUUUGGAUGAUGAGACUUUCCGGCCGAAUUUUAAUGCUUCAUCAAUCUUUCCACCACAGAAGCUACCAUCAAGAUUAGCUAUGGAGUUAAACAAAGAAAAUUGUGCUACCAAAAGAUACGUAUUCGAUGCCUCAAAGAUUACAGCUCUCAAGGCUAAAGCCGCGAGCCAAACUGUCCCUCACCCGACUCGAGUCGAAGCAGUGACAGCACUAAUAUGGAAGUGUGCUACAAAAGCUGCAACCGUUAGAUUAAACUCAACUCAGCCAAAAGAAUUCGUUCUAGCGCAAGCUGUAAACAUACGGAAAAAGAUGCACCGUUUAUCGGAAAAUACCAUCGGAAACAUGAUGGGCCAUUUCGCGGUACGAGCACCGGAUUCCCAAACAAAUUUAGCAAGUUUAGUUGCAAAUAUUAGAAAAGGAAUGAAAGAUUUCGACGAGAAUUACGUAACGAAACUCGUACAAGGUAACGCUUUUAUGGCUAUAAUGGAAGCUUUAAAAGAAAUGGGGAGUUUAAUUCAUGGAUCAGGAAAUAAUACAGAAUUCUAUAUAGUGAGUAGUUUGUGUAAAUUUCCAUUUUAUGGUAUUGAUUUUGGGUGGGGAAAGCCUAGUUGGGUGGUUCCUCCAAUGGAGUCAUUCAAGAACAUUGUUGCAUUAAUAGAUAGUAAUGAUGGUGAUGGAAUUGAGGCUUGGGUGAUAUUAAAAGAAGAAGAUAUGACAAUUUUUGAAAGAGAUCAAGAAUUGCUUGAAUUUGCUUCUUCAAAUCCUAGUGUUUUGAUUAACACUAUUAUGCCUAACUCUUGCCUUUGAAUGGAUUUUGUUAUGUCACUUGUAAUUUGUGCUUGUUUUUGUCAUUAUUUGUUGAUGUUAUUUA